AUGACAAAUGGCAUCGAUACUUCGCAAUUACCGGAAAAUUGGAAAAAUUUUCCGGAUGGGAGCAUUUUGCGAAUAGAGUUUCACAAUUUUUUGACUUAUGAGCACACCGUCUGUAAACCUGGAGAGAAUCUCAACUUGAUUUUAGGGCAUAAUGGAAGUGGAAAAAGCUCAAUUAUUUGCGGAAUUUGUUUGGUUUUUGGAGGGUCGCCCAAAUCGUUGGGAAGAUCUGAAAAUAUUAAAGAGUAUAUUAGGCAUGGCUGCACAGAAGGUUCAGUGGAAAUUAUAUUAGCAGACAAGCAAAAUGGUCCACAGGUGUUGGCAUUAAUAAUUCGAAAAACAAAAUCGCACGAAUACCGUUUAAAUAAAAAAGCGACGACACAGUCAGAAAUUAAGAAAUUGUGCAAAAAAUAUAAUAUUCAGAUUGACAACCCUUGCGCGUUUUUGGCGCAGGAUAAAGUGAAAAGCUUCUCGGAGCAAUCGCCAAUUGAGCUUUUGUACAAUACCGAAAAGGCCGCUUCUGCGGAGUUGCACGAGAAUCACUUGGAAUUGAUCCAGAAGCGAAUUGAUAGUGCUCAAAUUGAGGAGAAAUGCGAAUCGGCCAUCAGGGCGGUGAAGCAGAUUGAAGGUGAUAUAGCGAAAUUGGAGCCGCGUGUUGAGAAUUAUCGAAAAAAGAAGGAAAUGCAAUCGAAAUUACGGCUAUUGCAACAGAAAUCGGCAAUUAUGAAUUACAAAGAAGCUGAAAAGGAAUAUAAGAAGGAGAUUAAAAACUUUAGCGCGAUUUCGAAGAAGAUUGAAAAUUUCGAGGGCGAGAUUGAGAAGUGCCGAAAAAUUAUUGAGGAGUUCACGAAUAACGCCGACGUUGAACGCAAGCGGAUCGUUCAGAAGAAGCAGGAAUGCCGAAAGAUUUGCGAAAAGCUCGACGCGAAAAUGGAUAGCAAAUUUAUCGAGAAUCGGCUGAAUGAGGCGAGACGUAAGCUGGAAUCGAAGAGGAAACUCCAGGCGCAGAAUGAAAGCGAGAAGCUGCAGAUUGAGGCGAAUAUUGAGAGUUUGAAGCGAAAAAUUGAGGAAGCUGACAAGGAUUUACAAGGAUACCAGGAUUUUGUGAAAAAGUUGAAAAGUGAAGAAGAGCGCUUGUAUCAGGAAUCAAUGAACAUGAGAAAAGUGGAAGACGCGAUUCAGAAGAAGCACUAUACGAUUAAAACUCUCACUGACAAGCAAAAUGAGGUGGUAAAGCAAAAGAAUGAAAGUAUUAAUCUGCGAUUCCGAAUGAUGGAGCGUCGAAAUCCAGACGCGGCGAAAGCUUGGAAAUUCUACACGAUGAAUAAGAGUUUGUUCAAUGGUCCCAUUUAUUUGCCAUUUAUGGAUUUGUCGCUGUCAUGUGCCGAAGCCGCUGUAUGGCUUGAGCAAACGGUGGGAUCUCGCGAUUUUUUCAUGUUCGUCUGCACAAAUAAGGACGACGAGCGACGCAUCAAUUCACCAUCGAAAGGAUGGAGAAUCAAUUCGGCUGUCGUCCGACCCGAGAAUGUGCAUCCGAAUGAGAUCAAUCCGACGUUUCCCGAUGAGCUGAAACAAAUUGGAUUCGCGCAAUUCGUCUCGAAUUUUGUUCAGGCGCCUGACACGCUGAAACAGUAUCUCUGCAACGUCUACCAGCUUCAUCGAAUCCCGGUUGGCGGUGGUGUGAUCGAUCAAAACAUUGAUGCCAUCAUAAAAUAUAUGCUCGAAACGAGGUAUCGACUGUUUUUUGGCUCUAAAUUAAGGUAUCAUGUGUCGAUUUCGCAAUAUUCGCAGGAGAUUUUCACAUCGCAAUCGUAUUUGCCGGACGCGGUCAUCUUCAAUAAUCCGUGUUUUCUGGAAAAACGCGCGUCGAACGCGCCGACGGCCGACUAUUCGAAAGAGAUCGACGAAUUGAAAACGGCGGCGACGAAUGAAUCGCGAGCGGUUCAUGAGAAGAAGGUUGAGAUUCAGAAGGCCCGCGAUCAACUCAAGAAUGAGCAGAGUAUUUGGAGGACGCGCAAACAGGCGCACAGCAUCGCCAAAAAUAAUUUGGAGAAUGAGGCGGAGAGGCUUGCAAGCCUGGAGCGCAAUCGUGUGGAUAUUGAGGAGGCUGAAAAAGAAUUUCAGCGCGAAGAGCGAAACGCGCGACAAGGUGCCAGAGAAAUGAUCAAAGAAUGCGUUCAAUUGCAGAAAAACUAUCUGAAAUUGUCGGAAGAAAUGGCGAAGUUGUUGAUUUUCGAGCAACACUGGCUUCAUAAGAAGAGCUUGCAGAAGGAGGAGCUUGAGAGGCUAAAUGAGAACUCAUCGGGACUGAGAGCACAAAAGCGCGAUGCCGAGGAGCGUGUUAAGAUGCAGCUGGAGUUAAAGAAAGAUGCCAGCAAAGAGCUGCUCAACACGUGUGGACUUUCCCAUUUUGAGACGCAUUCAAUGGAUGCCACUGAGAAGAAGAUUUACAAGAAUCUCAACUCGUUGUUCGAAAAAGAGAACAUCACGAGCGAUUUGGAUGAGCUUGAACGACAAAUUCACGCGGAGAAGACGCGAUUGAAAAUGGCGCAGAAUAGCGAUAGCGGAAGCGAGGAGGAUGAGCGGACCAUGGAGCAGCUCAAGACGCAGCUCGUCGAUGAGAACUCGAAGAAGGAGAAGCUGCUGGAGACGCGACAGAAUUUGAGGGAAAAACUGACGCAGGAAAUUGAUGAAUGGCGCGAGAAGGUCGAAAGAAUGAUCACCGAAAUCAAUCAGAAGUAUCGAGAAUAUUUUGAAAAAAUGGGAUGCUUGGGAGAAAUCAGCCUCGAUGUUCCGGAGAAUCCGCUUGAAAUCGCCAAUUAUGGAAUUAUGAUUCGAGUUUGCUUCCGAGCCGGAGAGAAAUUGAAGCGAUUGGACCAGAAGGUGCAAUCCGGUGGGGAAAGAAGUGUCUCGACGAUGUUGUACCUUCUGGCGCUUCAGCAUCUGUGUCCGGUGCCUUUCCGGUGUGUCGAUGAGAUCAAUCAAGGAAUGGAUCCGACUAAUGAGAGAAAGGUGUUUGAUAUUAUGGUGGGCAUGUGGAGUGAUGAGAGCCCGCUGUCUAAGACGCAAUAUUUCUUGUUGACCCCGAAACUUCUCCAUGGUCUCGCGAUGAAUGAGCGGGUUACUGUACAAAUUGUCCACAGUGUUGUACAACCUGCGUUCAGCGACUGGAACACGCCGAUGCUGUUGGAAGCUACAAUUGCUAAAGCUUAA